GACGGUAAAUAUUCCAAAUCGGCUGCUGGCAGGUUCAACAAAACACAAGACCCCUCCAUUCUUAAUUGAAUGAGCAAUUUAUACAGGAUAAAGCGUUCGCAUCCCAUUAUCGAAACAUAGCUUGAGUGUACAAACAUGUUACUUUCCGCAAGAUUAUGUGUGGUUUUGAUACUUUUCAUACACAACCAUCCGGUGCGGUCGGAAAAGGCGCACAGCAAGUAUUCGAAGCAUGCCAACGCGCUCCCAGAUUCCGAAAUAUACGAGCCGGAUUUCCGAAACAUUCAGCGACCAUUUCGCAUGGCUAAGCUAAACCUUGUCUGGACCAAGGCACAGCACCGGCUCACCGAACCGAAGCUGAAGUCUCUGUACACGGAGCUGAAGCUGCAUGAUAAGGAAGAAAUUACCUACAAGCAGCUGAAGGAGAAGGAUAAGGAUGGGCUGAAGGAAGCGGAGCUACGAAACAAGCUCGUUACCAUAAUGAGCACCUACGGUCUGCUGGAACAUUUCGACGAUACGCAGGAUCCGGAAAAAUACAAAAUGUACAAAGCGAACGAGGGCGGCUCCAAGAAGGAUGCGUACAAAAACAAGAGUCUGUUCAAGGACAAAAAGCUUAACAAACUGUGGGACAAGGCCGAAACGGCCGGGUUCACGAAGGAAGAGCUGGACGCGCUGCGCGAAGAGUUCGAUCAUCAUCAGGCAAAGAUCGACGUGUACUACAGUCUGCUCGAGCGGCUGGGCGACGAUGAUGAUGCGGCCGCCGACAGUCAGGGCACCGAAAACGCGAUCAACGAGGACGAGCACGACCGGUACAAUGAGGUGGACCGAGCGGAGGAACCGGAUCGCUCGCAGCCGGGUGGUGGUGGAGCCGGGGCGACGAACAAGCAGCACGCCUAUCUGCACAAAUCGAACCAGCUGCGGGAGAAGCAUCGCGAAAUACGGGACAACUUUGAUCGGCUCGAUCGGAUCGCUUCCAAGGGACCGAACAGUCAGGAUUUCGUCGAACCGAAGGUGCAGGGCCUGUGGAGGGUGGCACUCGCGAGCGACUUUAGUGCGGACGAGCUGGCCUCGCUCAAGGUGGAACUGCUGCACUACGAAAGCCGGUUGCUGAAGCUGCGCCACAUGCAUGCCGAGCAUGCGCUCAGCCUCGAGAAGCACAAGCAGAGCGAUGCCAAGGCGGACACGCACAAGCUGAUGGAAGAAAACAUCAAGAAGCAAACGCGCAAGGUGGAGAAAAUCCAGGAGGAAGUCGAGAGACGGAUAUUCAAACAUUCGGAGCUGUGAGGAGCCCAUCCAUCCAUGUGUUGUCAUCUUCCAAGGUACAUUUACCCAUUUACCCCCUAAUGUUAAGCGGAUUUUUUUUGUGGAGCUAACUCUCAAUAAGAUAAGAUUUGAAAGCGGGAUUUUCCGUGUCCAUAAAAUAGUGUAGAACGAGCGGGCACAGGGGUUUUGAUUAAUAGAAAAUUUGUAAGAAAAUAUAAAAUGCAAUAAAAAUGAAUACAAAAACGAAA